UCCUUCACCUGCUCCUCCAUCGAAAUGGCAAUGCUUAAUGAGGCCAGCUUGAGUCCUGCAGACGCACAUGGUCAUACCAAUGCCACUACGCCCACGCACAGCAAGGCGGCAAUGACCAGUGCCACCACAAUGCUGACCACAAAAACGCCGUUCUCCAUCGAACAUAUAUUGUUUCAAAAUUUAAAUAGUGCCAACAAUAAUAAUAAUAAUAGUAAUCAUACCAACACCAUUACCGGUAAUUGCAAUAAUUACGUUCAAAAGAGCAGCAAAAAUGCGGUGAAAAGUGCCAAAAGCAGCUUUGCUCACGACAAUAAUCCACAGAAACAUCCGUCGCAACAUUCGCAUCCGCCGCAAUUACAUCCGUCGGCAUCCGCUUCCACAUCCGCGUCGGCGACUGGACGCGGAAAUCAAACAGCGUCAGGCUAUGGUAGCGAGGAUUACGCCAAAUCCUUGCACAAUACCCAACGGUCAAACCACCAAUCACGUCCUGGAGCUUCCCACUAUAGUGCAGAUCAGACUUCUCAGCAAUUAGGGUCCGCGGCAGGACAGCAUCCGCCGGUACCGGCGCCUCAGCCUCCACCUCCGCCGUCCCUGAAUGGAGGAACUGGUGGAUCAAAUGGAGUAUUGUACCCCAAUGCUCCCUAUACCGAUCACGGAUUUCUUCAAAUGACCCUCGGCUAUCUGUCUCCAUCGUCGGGCACUUACAAGUCCGUGGAUCCAUAUUUUCUAUCACAAGCCAGCCUUUUCGGUGGAGCGCCCUUCUUCGGAGCUCCUGGUUGUGUGCCGGAAUUGGCCCUUGGAUUGGGAAUGGGCGUAAAUGCUCUGCGUCACUGCCGCCGGCGGAAGGCCCGUACGGUGUUCAGUGAUCCGCAAUUGUCCGGCCUGGAAAAGCGAUUUGAGGGACAGCGAUACCUUUCCACGCCCGAGCGCGUGGAACUUGCCACAGCCUUGGGUCUCAGUGAGACACAGGUGAAGACCUGGUUCCAGAACCGCCGCAUGAAACACAAAAAGCAGCUACGCCGGCGGGACAAUGCUAAUGAACCCGUUGACUUCUCACGCAACGAAUUGGGCAAACAGCCAGGCGAAGCCACCUCCUCCUCCUCUGGAGAUUCCAAGCAUGGAAAAUUGAAUCCCGGAUCUGUCAGCACACCCAAUCAGCCUACAAGUGAGCAGCAGCAGCAGCUGCAGAUGUGCCUGAUGCAGCAGGGUUACUCCACGGAUGACUACUCCGACUUGGAGGCGGACAGUGGCGAUGAUGAGAACUCCAGUGACGUGGACAUAGUUGGCGAUGCAAAACUCUACCAGUUAACAUAGAUAGUUCGACCAGGAUAGGAACCUGGCUAUUAAAUUAGUAAAGUUGUCGGUAUUUUAAUUGGGGAAAUACAAUCUUUAAUUAUUUGUUAAAGUAUCAGAGAAAAUUUAAAGUUCGAUUUUUCAUUUAGUUUUUAAAGGUUUAUGUUUGGAAAAUCUAAAGAUAAUGUUUCUGUUUGCUGGAAAAUCACAUAUUUUAGUGAUUGUCAAAUUUUUAAGGCUUUACCACAGAUAUGUACAUUUGUUUUAUCAGCAUUAAAGUGGUUUACCAAACCAUGUCUUG